AUGGCUACCAUGUUGAAUACAAAUUCUCUGCAACCGCCUAAAACUGGCUCAUCUCGCUGGUCGAAAGCCCUUCCCGAUGUUCCAGGUCCUGACGAUCCAAGUUUUUAUGACGACUAUUAUGAGGAACCUUCCCCUCGUCUACCUCCCGCCAAAGAGCUUCCACCACCUCCGCCGCGCUCGACUAGUAUAGCCAACGCGAAGUCGUUACCUCCAUCACUGCCGCCGUUACAUCUGCUUGCGGUUGAUUCCCCUCCAUCUGGUCCGCCCAAAAUGGCUAUUCCACGCCGGCCCAUAGGGAAGCUGCCUGCAAACCCACCACCACUACCUCAGAAAGAGCCGCAGCAGCCAAACUCGUCACAGAUUCCCCCAUCACCUUCGGAAUCACUAUCGAGUAUUCUGUCGGCAUAUUCACGCUCGUCCGGCGAAUCCCUUGUCAGGUCGCCUUACGAAGCUAACGAUAGUGUUCGUCAGAGUGAGGCAAUCUCAUCACCAAGCCACCAAGCUCCACCCGCCAACAUCAACACUGGCACGUUUAUCAGUCCCUCUACCCAGCAACAACAGCAUCAUUAUCAACAGCAACGACCGCAACAGUAUGUUGCCCAGGAGCUGCCCGCCAACAACAUUCGGCCACCCCCACUGCCUUCUAAGGACACUAAGUAUCACCUUCCAGCCACGCCUGCUCCUGUUCGAAAACCAGUACCAGAGAACAAGCUGCCUGAACUGAACUCAGCAUCGUCGCCCUCUUCCCAGCAGCAGCCUCACCCUCAGCUUUGGCGUCGUCGGUCGUCAAAGGCCGAGCGGAGCCUUGAGCUUCCCGACCUGAAGCUUGUUGCUAGCCACGGGUCGACCGCUGCAACGCAGCCAGUUGUCGCACAGCCACAUGUUGAACAGCAGCUUUCUUCAAGCGGACCUAAAAUUUCCACAAUACCAAACUGGCAGCCUGGGAGCACCAACCCCAUAGCUCCUGCUGGCCAGGACUCCCAAACGUCGCCAGCCGCUGAGCAGGUGCCCGACACCCCGACCAUGGGGAUCAAUAGUUCCAAACUGAACCGUCUCAAAGGAAAACUUCAUCUUCAUCGAAGGGGGAAAUCAUCAGGUGACACGAGCAAGUCUUCUCCAACGCCACGACCUGGGGCAAAUCGCCCUCCCACGCCUGAAUAUCAAAAGGAAGACAUCAAGACUCCUGUUGUUGAUUCUUUUAUUUCUCCUUUGUCGCCCGCUUCAUCACCGGAGCCCGCUGCGCAGGUGUCUCCAGCAAUUCCAACUGACGUCACAAGGAUAUUUCCUCAAGCACAAACCCAAGAACACCUUGGAAGUACUGGUAGCAUCACACUUAAGGCUGUGCAGGUCCCUAGGCUAUCGAGCCCUUCGGAGGACAAGCCGGUCUCUGCAUCGUUACCACCUUCGGUCACCGAUUCAAGGGGAAGUCGUGGAUCCUCUGGCAGUGACACAGCUGUUCACCAAGUCCAGCCUCCUACGGAAGUUUCAGAUCGAUUCCCACCUCGACAUUCAUCUGUAAGGUCGAAUGCCAUUCCACGACAGUUAGCAGUUGAACACGAUCCAAGACUGGUGCCCUCCGAGUCUCAGGGACCCCUUUACAGAGGGAGAGAUGGUACCUUGUAUCCUGAGAUGAAGGUACUGCAGGAACCCGACCCGCGCGCUGCAUACUUCCCCAAACAGUUGGAGUCACCUCUACCCGAAGGUACUAUCUUCAAGGCACCGCCGCUGAAAAAGUCCCAUUUUAAUUGCUACCAUGGCCAUAAAACGAUGAACCGUCGGACUAACAAAUAUUAUCCAUUAACUUGUCAAACGUGCGAUAAGUCGGAUGUUGAAGAUAGAUGGACUUGCAGUUUUUGUCAUCUACGAAUAUGCGAGCACUGCGUCAAGAAGCUUAACAACAGUGGCAAUGACCUGCGCCGACUGGUCAGCCACCCACAACUCACAUCAUAA